UGGCAGUACUUCCUCGCCUGUGCUGAGCUGUAUGUCAUCUGAAUAUCUAACCAGCAGUGUUUCAGAGGCGAGAGGAAUAUUAUAUUUAUAUUAUAUUAUAUAUAUUAUAGCAAACACCGCUGGUCCUACCUCACGAAUGAGCAUUAAACACCAAGGCGGAAAAAACAAAUAACACAGCGGACAGCGACAUCUCAGGAACUAAAGUCUUCACGAAUUAACCUGCGUUUAGUAUUUUAAUUUUGUAAUUUAGCAGUUGUUGAGGGAAGACCAAACGGAGCUCAGUGACAUGGACAGCAACCUUCGGCGUCUAAAACAUGGAACUGGAUUCUUUGUGGCAGUCGGAUGAGGGUCUCCAAGCUCAGAUGAAUUCUGUUAUCGGUGCCCUCCAGGAGCUCAAACUCUUGCAGGUCCAGACUGCGCUGGAGGAGCUGGAGUUCUCCAGUAAAACAAGCCAGGCCUCUUCAUACACUGGCAAAAUGCUCGAUCAGAUAAACUACAGUUCGAGAAUAACCCACUUGAACCAAACACAGAAUCCAGAAAAAAGUAUUUCACAAGAAAGUUUCAGGACUGAGCUUACCAUUGAACCAUCUUUGUUCCUCACUAGUUCUCCAGCAGAGAACCGCCAUAUUCCCAGGAGGGUUUACGGAGGAAGUCUAAGCACUUCUUCCUCUUUUUCCUCUCAGGAAGACUCAACUGACAACAGUUUCUCCUCAUACGAUAUUGAUGACUCUACUGACUGGACAGCCUCAUUGAUGAACCAUAGUAGAAACAGACAGCCAUUGGUAUUGGGCGACAAUGUUUUUGCUGAUUUGGUUGGAAACUGGCUGGACCUGCCUGAUGUUGGAGGCCAGGCGGCAGGUGAGGAUCAGAAUGACUCGAGUCUUAAAGAAACGCUUUCAGAGUCAUCAACUAGCGGUCACUCUCAGGAUCUCUCCAGGAAACUCUCACUAACAGCUAACAUCUUCAAGCGAGUCCUACGCCGCGUUCGGCCACGGCAUCACCAAGAAAGUGAAGGAAUGGAUGUGUGUAAACAACCAAAAAUCACAUGCAGAAAGCCAAAGUCAGAUAUCAGCAAGCCAUUCUGGGUGAGAACAAGAGGAAUGAAGAAGAAAACCACACCCACCAAACAAAAGGGCAUGACUUAUCAGGGCUCAGAGGGUUUGACUGACAGAGGAUGGGUGGAGAUUAUAGAGAAACGUCCAUCUGUGUUUGAUUACAGCUCAGCUGUGUGGGUCUAAUAUAAUUAUUAACGAAAGACACCGUUACACAUGUUGUUAGACAUAAUUAGUGGACUUUAUGAUCAAAAUUGUUGUAACAAGAUGCUGAAGUGCACCUAGUUGGCAAUUCGUUAUUCCAAUAUUUCAUAUUCAAGUCAAAAACAUACAGUAAUAUGGAAGUAGUCUAAACAAAAUAAUUCAGAACGAUGAAAUACAUUAAUUUAUAUCACUUCAUCGUGGUAUCACAACUAAAUAUGAAGCAAACCCAUAAAAGUUAAGCAAUAAACACCAUUCACUACAGAUUGCGAUGUUGAGGUAAUAUCGUCCUUCUUUCUCAAGUGAGAGGAGUAGCACUACAGAAGCUAUUAAUUCCAAAGUUAUGUUAGGUAAACAUCUCUGGAAUGCAUUUUGUAUGUAUGUUUUUUGUUAUUUAGUUUUUUGAGAUGUGUGCAUGGUAGAGUGAUGCUAACAGGAAAAAAAUAUGAGCCUAAUGCGGUUUCUGCUGAUAUCCAUCUGUUUAGGUUUAGGCCUAACUGUCAAUCAUUCUAUCAAAAAGUCCUGACUUGUGCUUUUUCACAAAUGUCUUACUCAUUUCUUAGCUUUGCAAGCAUAAACCUGCUUUGUAUUGGUCAGAAAAUCUAUGCAAUGAUGCUAAACUCUUAUGCAAAAAAUGAAAACUGAGCAAAUGCAAAUGCCUGUCUUUUUUAUUAGCACCUUCAUGUUAUCUGUAAUAAAUAAAUGCCUGUGGGUGCUGCUAUAGUCUGUAUACCCGAGCUAUGGUAAUUACAAAAAAAAUCUACUUUAAGUUCCUGCAAACCUAUAGGAGUACAUUUUGUAAAAGGGAUAUUCCAUUCAAGUCUUGUGCAUCAUGAAAAUCUGCUUUUGUCACACCUAAUCAAUGAAUGUUUAUGAAUUAAGAGACACUGUUUGCAUUUAAUGCACCAUGUAAUCUGGUGUGCAACAAAAAUAAAUUUGUAACGUUUAUGUUUGUUGCAUUCCAUGUCUGCAAAAAGCUUUGUAGAAAAAUGUAAGAGAAGUGAAAUUAUAUGGCUUUGUCCCAUAUUUGUAACUACAGUACAUAAAGUGAGCCACACUGAAA